AUGGCCGGUCGCAAAAAACAACAACGUAAACCCGUGGCUGCGCAGUUCCCCCGGCUUCGACCCGUCGAGAUCUUGAAGAAUGGAAAGAUAGAACCACUGGAAGAAACGCCAGCAACUUCUUUCUUGACUUUGAAACUCGACCCUACGAAGUUGGCGCGAUUUCCAGCUGCUUCCAAGGUGUUUAAUCCAUGCGCCGUCAAGGUUGAGAAGAAUGACAACAAUCCAUCGGGCCACGAUGAAGAUCAGAAUGUGACACCCGCCGCCGAGGAAUCCGCCUGGACCAGCGACCCCACCAUUAACGCCGCCGAUGAGUCUGCCGGGGAUGGAGAGGGCAAAUCUAGGCGCACUAACGUUAGGCGCGCCAGGCUACGACACCCGCCGCCUUAUGAGCAGCAUCUGGAGCCAGCAAAGUCCACGCUCGUGCCUCCCGGAGAGCGCAAGCGUCUGCGCGAACGUGUAUCGUCCACACCAGCCAAAAAGGUGAAAAUCAAUCCAGUUGUCGAAGUCGUGUCCUUCGAUCCGACCGCAGAGCUGAAUGGGUCUCGGCUUGCACCUGGCGCCAUCGAUCAUGACCCUGACUGCCUGAUUUCGCACUCGCCAUCCAGCUUUCUUCGACUCUACGACGCCGACCAGGCCACCGAAGCCAGCGACGUUGCCAGCGACAUCACCAACGACACCGACAUGUCUGAGGCCCCCGAGAAGAGCGGCCAACGUCCGCAGCUCAAACUGAAGCUGAGCAAGCCCCAACUUCCGCACGCAGGAUCUCAACCGCCAGUGCAAACACCGGCACCGACGAGUGCCAUUCGUACACCCUCCAUCAAACUCAAACUCGGCGGACCAUCAGCUGGUUCUGCAAAUGCUCCCAAGCCUUCACCUUCAGACACAGUCAUCGUCUCUACCCCAGCCUCUUCAUCACAAAAGAAACGGAAGCGAGUGAGCAAAGCCGCUGAUUCGGAAGAUGAAUCAACUGCACAGCCGACCAAGCCCAGACCAGCGCCCAUACCGAAACUCACUCUCAAAACACCCUCCGUUCCUGCUGGCCCAGCAAAGCCCGCGACGGCAACGACAGUCAAGUUAAAAGCGAAAGGAAAAAUCCCGAAACGACCUAUCGGCGUUGGAUAUGAUUCAGAACUCGACGAGAAAGAGAAUGACCCUAUGAUACACGAGGGAUUCAUUCUUCGUAUGCAGCCGGGACCUGACUGCGACUAUCUUCGCAAGGCUAUUGAGGAGGGAACAGUACAUCUACCCAGGUCCAAAGGCGGUGCCGAUGUCAAGAUGAGAAUGCUGGAUACGCUUGGUAGGAGAGGUAUUAUGAUUAUUAGAGGCAAUCAGUAUGCUAUUACCAUGGUGGACUUGCCGUGUAUCAUCGAGGGCAUGAAGUCAUGGGACAAGAAGGGGUGGAUCAAGAGCAUUGAUGUCUGCCAAAUGUUGUUGGUGUUGGGACGUUGCAAUACCGAUGAAGAGGCGAGGAAUUAUCCCCUCCCCGAAGAUGUCGAUCCCAAGAAUUAUCAAUAUGCCCACGGUAUUACCGCCCCGAUGAAAUGGGUGAGAAAGAGACGAUUCGCAAGAACGAAGAGGACCAGAGUCGACGAUAUCGAGUCGGUGGAGCGGCGUGUCAAGGCACUGCUCGAGGCCGACAAGGCUGCGAAAUCGGUGCGAUAUCAGCUUCUUGACCAUGAUCCUCGCCUCGACGAAGAGCGAUACAGCUCCGGGCUGGGAGAAGAUGAGGACGCCGAAGCUGAAGAGGACGAGGAACCCGACGACUACUUCGCACCACAAAAUGGCCACCACACCGCUGUUUUCGACACGCCAAUGCUUACCGAGACACCGGUUGAAGAUAUCGGACAAGAUGAGGUCGACGAGUUCGAGCGUAUGUUCGCGGACGACGACGCUCCAGAACCAGAAACGUCUGCACAGGCCCAAAGCACCCUACACCCUCCUGAAGCCGGUGACUCGUCGUUCCCGGUUACAAGCACCUCGGCAUCUCCUUCAGCUACGGUGGCACACACGCCAGCGUCUGCCGUCGACCAAUCAUCUGAUAGCGAUGAUGACGAAGGUGGUGAUGAAGACGGAGAUCUUGACGAUGCCGACAAGGAGGGCGAUGACAACCUACAGCAGGUCAAGGAUCGGAUUGAAGACAUGCAGCAGAAGAUCGCCGAACAGACUGAGCUACUUAAGAAGACUCAGAACGCAAUCUUGAAGAAGAAGCUGGCACGUAAGAUUCAAGAUCUCAAGGACGACGUGGCCAUGAUGAAGAAGAACGCCGGUCUCGGCGGAGACGAGGAUGAUGACUGA